CAUAUAUCUCCUACUUACCAAAGUCCUCCAUUUCCAAAUGUCAACACAACUUUGCACCAAAAAGCCAAAAAAAAUCAGUGAGAAAAUAACAAUGGAAACUCGAAUUGGCAAUUCUCUUAGCCUCCUUCUGCAAGACCCUAAUGACCUCAAAACUGACUUCAACUCCCUCUUCAACAAUCUCAACACUUCCCUUUUAUCUACCCCAAUUACAACUUUACACCACAAGAAUACCAAAUCAAGAACCCAUUUCUUCUGUCCCAAAUUCAAGUUUUCCUCAACUUCUGUCUCAAUUGAAGCACAAAUCAAGAACCCCACUUCCAAUUUUCUUAAACCUGCCAAUAGGGACUCCCCAAAAGUUCAGGUUUUAUUCAAGAAUCUUUCUGUUGUUGAAAGAGCACUUAUUGGUGCAGCUUCUGGAGGCAUUGCUGGUGCAUUUACAUAUGUGUGUCUUCAUCCACUUGACACUAUUAAAACUAAGCUCCAAACUAAAGGGGCAUCUGAGAUUUACAGUGGAACAAUUGAUGCAUUUGUCAAGACUUUUCAAAGUAAGGGGAUUCUUGGGUUUUACAGUGGUGUUUCUGCUGUAAUUGUUGGUUCCACUGCUUCUUCUGCUGUGUAUUUUGGGACUUGUGAGUUUGGUAAGUCAAUCUUGUCUAAAUUCCCACAAUACCCUUCUGUGCUUAUCCCACCAACAGCUGGUGCAAUGGGGAAUAUAGUGUCAUCUGCUAUAAUGGUACCAAAGGAAUUGAUUACUCAGAGAAUGCAAGCUGGUGCUAAAGGGAGGUCUUGGCAGGUGUUAAUGAGAAUCUUGGAAAAAGAUGGAAUCUUGGGAUUGUAUUCUGGAUAUACUGUUACAUUGUUGAGGAAUUUGCCUGCUGGGGUCUUGAGUUAUUCAUCGUUCGAGUACUUGAAAGCUGCAGUAUUGAGUAAUACGAAAAGGGAACGUUUGGAGCCUUUUCAGAGUGUUUGUUGUGGGGCAUUGGCUGGUGCAAUAUCAGCUUCAAUAACAACACCUUUGGAUGUGGUGAAAACUAGGUUGAUGACUCAAGUUGUUCAUUCUGAAGCUGCUAAUAAGGCUGCUGCAGCAAUGGUUACUGGCGUCUCGGCUACUGUUAAACAGAUAUUGAAAGAAGAAGGGUGGGUUGGUUUUACAAGGGGAAUGGGUCCUAGAGUACUACAUAGUGCUUGUUUCUCAGCUCUCGGCUACUUCGCGUUUGAGACAGCUAGGCUUACAAUUCUGGAUCAGUAUCUGAAGCAUAAGGAGCUUGAGAGUUUGGCUUCUGCAGAUGCGGCACAAGCCGAUUAGAGCGUAUGACUAUGGUUCUUUCUUAAAUGCAGUUGCCAAAACCUUUGAUGCAUCGAACGAAGCACUGGCCCUGUUUGGCAAUUGGCACUUCUAUCUUCAGCUACCCAUGCCUGUCAAUUCUAAUCUCCUUGUCGGCAGCAAGAAUCCUACCUUGUAAUUUUUGUAACUAGUUCAGAGGCUAAGCUAUUUUAAGUCGAUGAGUAGGAUACCAUAAAUAAGUUUUUCCUUCUAGGUAUGGGCUAAUAGUUGUGCUCCUCAGACUACAAGGGAUGGUUUUAUCAGCUAGUUUCUUGUAUGAAUUCAACAAUGAUUUUCUUGGAGUGAGUCUCUACCAUUUGUUUUUGGCUUCAGCAAUGCAUGUAUUGCAGGUUCUUGAUCCGAA